GCGGGGCCGAGGACCCGCGCCGCCGGAUGACGUAACCAGAGCUUCCCGCAGGCGCGGGCCGAGACAGCCGGUGGCGUCACGGUUGCGCGCCGCGGUCCGGGCGCGAUGGCGGCGCUGGGCGGGGACGGGUUGCGUCUGCUGUCGGUGUCGCGACCAGAGCGGCAGCCCGAGUCGGCGGCUCUGGGAGGUCCGGGCCCCGGGUUGUGCUGCUGGGUGUCUGUGUUCUCCUGUCUCAGCCUCGCCUGCUCCUAUGUGGGCAGCCUCUAUGUCUGGAAGAGCGAGCUGCCCAGGGACCACCCUGCCGUCAUCAAGCGGCGCUUCACCAGUGUCCUAGUGGUGUCCAGUCUCUCGCCCCUCUGCGUGCUACUCUGGAGGGAACUCACAGGCAUCCAGCCAGGCACACCCCUGCUCACGCUGAUGGGCUUCAGGCUGGAGGGCAUUUUCCCAGCAGCACUGCUGCCCCUGCUGCUGACCAUGAUCCUUUUUCUGGGCCCACUGAUGCAGCUCUCAAUGGAUUGCCCCUGUGACCUGGCAGAUGGGUUAAAGGUUGUCUUAGCCCCUCGCUCCUGGGCCCGCUGCCUCAUGGAUAUGCGUUGGCUUCGGAACCAAGUGAUUGCGCCCCUUACAGAGGAGCUAGUGUUUCGGGCCUGCAUGCUGCCCAUGUUAGCACCGUGUACGGGCCUGGGCCCUGCCGUGUUCACCUGCCCACUGUUCUUUGGAGUUGCCCAUUUUCACCACAUUUUUGAGCAGCUUCGAUUCCGUCAGAGCAGUGUGGGGAGCAUCUUCUUGUCUGCAGCGUUCCAGUUCUCCUACACAGCUGUCUUUGGUGCCUACACUGCGUUCCUCUUCAUCCGUACAGGACACCUGAUUGGGCCAGUUCUCUGCCACUCCUUCUGCAAUUACAUGGGCUUCCCUGCUGUAUGUGCAGCCCUGGAGCAUCCACAGAGGCGGCCCCUGCUGGCAGGCUAUGCCCUGGGUGUAGGACUCUUCCUGCUUCUACUUCAGCCCCUUACGGACCCGAAGCUCUACGGCAGUCUUCCCCUUUGUGUGCUUUUGGAGCAAGCAGGGGACUCAGAGGCUCCCCUGUGCUCCUGACCCAUGCUCCUGUGCACCUAUGAACUCUCAUGGGCUCCGCAGCCCCUCCCCAUCAAGGGGUACUGCAGGGGAGGAGCUGGCUGGGGUCCCGAGAUCUCAGGAAUUUUUGUAGGGGAUUGAAGCCAGAGCUAGUUAAAUCCCAGGGACCAAGAGAAAGGAGCAGAUAGCCAAAGGGCGCAGCCCCUCUUGAAAUGGGAGUGAGGAGCAGGCCCCAGGAGCUGUGCGCUCCCUCCCUCACUGUGGACUGCUGCUUCUCAGCUCCUCUGUCCCUGAAAAGCUGCUGAGGGAUAGAAUUUACAGAAACCCCUCUCCCCCAACUUCCCAGGGUUUUCUCACUGUCUUUUUGCAUCAGGACUUUGUAUUGGGAUAUUAAAGAGAUUUAACUUGGGUAACAUG